AUGAGUAUGAAAUCUGAAAAUGUAGUGGACCUCUUAAAAAUCUAUCUACACAAUGCAAAUUCCAGUUUAUUUAAAAACCUAACAGAUUGUGUUAGCCAGCUGGGAGGCGACAAAAAUUUGACUUUCCUUCUUUUGGAAGAUAGCAGUUAUUUAUACCUGGAAGAUAUUGGUUCAAACUUCUCGGCUGUUACAAAAUCCUGCUUAGAAAAUCUUUUGACGAAAAAUAAGUUUACAAGUCAAUUUGUUCUUCUUUGGUGGCAACAAAUUAUUUGGACUGUCGUUUUUGGGCUUAUGGUUACCAUAGCUGGAUUUGGUAAUGCCAUUGUUAUUUGGAUUGUUAUAGCUCAUCGCAGAAUGAGAACGAUUACAAACUAUUUUCUUUUAAAUGUAUCUCUUUCAGACCUGAUGAUGGCCACGUUCAAUAGCAUUUUUAAUUUUAUCUUCAUGUUGCACAGCCAUUGGCCAUUUGGCUCUGCUUAUUGUACAAUAAACAAUUUCAUUGCUUACCUGACAGUUUCGGUAUCAGUAUUUACCAUUGGAACUACAAGUAUUGAUAGGUAUAUUGCCAUUGUCCACCCUCUUACCCCGCGCAUGCCCAAAAAAGUUGUUUACUUGCUAGUAGCUGUAACAUGGAUUAGUGGAGCUGCUCUCUCGGUUCCUACCUUGUUGUACUCAACCACCCUAACGUACCGUUAUCCCGAUGGGAGCCUGAGGACACUUUGUUAUCUGAACUGGCCAGAUGGACCGGCUGGAACCUCCUAUUCUGACUACGAGUACAACUUAUUCUUUCUGGUGAUGACGUAUGUGGUGCCAAUGCUGACUAUGGCCUUUACUUACUCAAAAAUGUGCUGUACUCUAUGGGGAAGUCGUGGGAUCGGAGUGGAAACAGAAAGACAGAGGAAUCUUAUUAAAUCAAAACAAAAGGUGGUUCGAAUGCUCGUGGUCGUUGUCUUGAUAUUUGCUAUUUGCUGGCUUCCCUAUCAUAUCUAUUUCCUGUACACCUUCCAUUUUCCGGAAGUUUUACAAAAUCCCUAUGUUCAACAUGUUUAUUUGGCUUUCUACUGGUUGGCGAUGUCAAACUCUAUGUACAACCCUAUCAUCUACUACUUGAUGAAUAACAAAUUUCGGAUGUACUUCAAGAUAGCCAUGAGUUGUUGUAGAUUGAAAGGAAACAAGGACUCCGUCCAUCGAUGGACUAGAGGUGAACACCAAGUCCAGGAAGUUUGUUUACACGAUAACCGCUCACCAACUUUAAGGACGACCUUUAGUUCUACUAAAAGUCGCCGUUGGUCUAUUCUAGAUCGUCACAACUCAGUCAGACAACCUCACCAAGAAUAUCAUUUCUGA